UUGAGAGAGCUCUAUCAGUGCUUUAGUUUCGUUUCUCCUGUGAAACCAGACAGAGAGGAGAGGAAAAACAGCAGCGCUCGACACAGAAGUAUGUUAAUUCGUCGAGAGUGUCUGAUCCAUUUUUGGGACUCUCUGCCUCACUGCUACACACGGUUUAACGAUGUUUAACUGAGUUAAAGAAGACGAAGCCCUUUGUGUUGUUGAUAGUUUCCAUCUACUUUCGCUUUUACUGUCCGGUAGCUAACCUACUAACAUGGAGGCCGGUAUGAAGAUCCAAAAGAUCCCAGAAGAACACAUCAGCAAAAUCAAAGAGGCACUGCAGUCUGUGGACCCAGAAAAAAUCCCCCGUCUGAUUAUGAAUCUCCUGGACAUGUUUGUUCAGUUUAAGAUGGAUGUAGCGGUGACGGGAGAUUCAGGCGCAGGGAAAUCUUCACUGAUUAAUGCAGUCCUCGGACUGGACCAUGAUGAUGAAGAGGCUGCACCGACAGGAGUUGUGGAGACCACAAAGGAACCUGCGAUGUACCUUUAUCCAAAUAAUCCUCAUGUAAGGCUGUGGGAUCUUCCAGGGAUGGGAACGCCUACUUUUACAUCAAAGAGAUAUGUGGAGACAAUGAACUUUGACCUAUAUGACAUGUUCAUUGUAGUGACAUCUGAGAGAUUCAGAGAAAACAAUAUGCUUCUGAUUGAUGAAAUUCAAAAACAGAAGAAGCCGCUUUAUGUUGUCAGGGCAAAAGUAGACAAUGACUUGCUUUUACAGAGUAAAAAACACAGUUUCAGUGAAAUCAAUGCCUUGAGGGAUAUGAGAGAUGAAUGUUUGAAAUAUCUAUGUGAGAAAAACCUUAAUGUCCCAGUAUUCUUAGUGUCGAGCCAUGACACUCAGAGCUAUGACAUGCAGACCCUAAAGGACACCCUUGAGAAAGCGGCGCCAGAGCUCAAAAGAGAUGUUUUCCCCAUUUUCAUGACCAAUUUGUCCACUGCAGCUGGGAGGAAAGCAAUGGCCAUAAAGCGCCAUGCUUUAAAUAGUGGGAAAAUGAAAGAAAAGGACCUUCAAAAGCUACAGAAAAUCUACAAACGCUUGAUAGAUGGAACUGAGGAAGUCAAAGCUGCACUGGAGGCUCUAGACCACUUCCAACUUGAUGUGGCUGUCUUAGGCGAGACAGGAUCAGGGGCAGCUACUCUGGUAAAUGCCCUAACGGGUCAGAAGAAUGGCACCAGAGGCUCAGCACAUGCCAAGAUCCCAGCAACUAGUCCUCAGUACCCAGAUAUCCGAUUUUGGCAUGUGUCAGGAGUAGAGAGAGUUAUGGAUAACUCAUUGCAGGAGAAGCAAAUUUUGGAUCAUUUUGAUUUCUAUAUCAUUAUUGUGUCAGACUGGCAGAAGACCUGUCACAUGGAACUCGCAAGAGCUGUAAGAGAGUUAAAGAAACACUACCACUUUGUUCAGACAAAGAUUGACUUGCAUUUGCAGGGGCAAGAAGACUUGUGCUGUUCUGAGACCGAGAUUCUGGAUGGGCUUCGAGCACAGUGUGCUAAAGAGCUGCAGAGCACAAAAGCUGCCCAAUCACAGCUGUUUCUCAUAAACAGUUUGGACACAAAUGCCUUUGACUUUUUCAGUCUGGAGAGUGUGUUGAGAAGUGACCUGGACACAAUUAGGACAAGUGCUUUUGCAUAUUAUGUUGCUAGAAUUGUCAGACAGAAACAAGAACCCCACACUUGUCAGAUAUUGUAGCUGAUUUCAGCUGAUGUGUUGUUUUCUGUGAGAGUGUAAUUCAUUUUGAAAGCAUUUAUUUUUAUUGGUGUGCAAUCAGCAUAUGACAAAAUCAAGUUUUCAAAUGAUGGAAUGUUAUAACUUACCCUUAUUUCUGGGGAUGGUGGCAUUCAGGGUGAAAAAAUGACUCCCCCACCACCUAGUGGACAAAACUGCAGUUCCUUUAUUGUCUGAUUUUAAAGUCCAAUAUAAAAAUUGAAUGAUUAUUUUAUUAACGUAUUGCAUUAUAAGUUAAUAGCAGAGAAAAUCUGCAAAAAUAAGUAUUUUUUUAUUUGAGAAGAACUAAGGAAUCCAAAUGAACUGUAUCAUGUCAAUGUGGGAAGAACAAAAUAUCUCUUGAAAACUGUUUUUACAUGUUGCACUUUCACUUUUAUCUCUCCUGUGGAAAACAUUACCUCAGUUUUUCUUUAAGUCAUCACAAGAAGCAUCACUGUAUUUUUGAUUACCUUAGUGUCACCCCAUCAUGUUCUUGGGUUUGUUUUUUAAAAUCAACUUGAUCCUUAAUUAUUUUAUUGUGUAAUUUUGCUUUCUUUAAGCUGUUGUUCAGAUAACACACAACAUUCAACUAAAUGGUUUGCUAAGUCUGAGUGGUCAGGGUUUGUAUUCUGCCAAAAAGAUUCAGCCUUUUACUAAAAGUAAUCAUCAUUCCGUUCCUCUGUCAUGAUAAAGCUGAAACAAAGAUACAGUAUGAUACAUGAUGUGUCUAAAUUUGCUGCUGUUAAUCUUUUUAUUUAUAUUAUUGACGUACUACACACUGGUUAAAGUCAAUGUGAAUCAGAAAUCAGUAACACAUUUUCCUUGUGUUACCGUCAUGUCCGAGUGAAAUGAGAAUCUCUGAGCUAACUGAGCGUUUUGCUCAAUGAGAGGUGGGGUUAGAGAGAGAGGUAAAACAUGAUAUUAUUUAUUAAUAUUAUUUUUCCCUGCCUGCUGUUGAAUGGUGAUGUAGUUAAAAUCAGAUGGUUUAGAAAAGGUAUUGGAACCCCAUUUCCAAAAAAGUUGGGACACUGUGAAAAAUGUAAAUAAAAACAAAAUGCAAUGAUGUGCAAAUCAUUUAAACCCUAUAUUUCAUUGAAAAUUGUACAAAGACAACAUAUCAAAUGUUGAAACUCACACACACACACAUACACAUAUCUUCUAAGCUGCCAUCAAAGAUUAUGGGAAAACAAAAAUUUUGUCAAGUGAUUAGAUGAAUCAUGCUUAAUAUCAAGGAUGUAAACUAACAAGGUGAAAUCUAUUUUGGUUUCAGGUUAACAUUAACGUUUAAAAUAAAAUGAAAUAAAACAACUCAAGAGAGUGCUGUAUAUCUAUACAUUUAGUACUAUAAUAGUUGGUUCCUCCAGACUGUUAAUUGCAUCUUUACUGUAAUCAAAUGUUAUUUUUGUUGGUUAUAUUCCUUGUUGUCUUGCUGUUGAA